AUGGCCCGCGUUGGCACCGAGAGACUUGAUCGCGGCGAGUUUGUAAUUGAAGACUCAAUAACGAGUCGCGUUAUUGACAUGAAGAACCCGUGGGCAUCAUGCUUCCGACCAGGACGGCGAGUUGAAAUGGCCAUGGUCCUUUUCAAGGCGGUUUUUGAUGAGAAAUGCCCAAGCUGUGACUUCGAGCCUGCUGACCAACUCAGAACCGAGAUCUCACGAACUGAAACCAAGCUACCGGUAUUGGAAAAGUCCCCAGACCAAGGAAAGCCAGACGACUUCUCCAUGUUCCGUCGCCUGUGUACAUAUGCAGUAAUUUCGAAAAUUAGCAGGCGAAAAUCCAAAGAUGCACACCAACUUGCGUUUCUCGUCUUAAACCCCAGAAAAGAAGCAAUCAUCUCUAAUAACCUGUCAUGGAGGGACAGAGCCCAUCGUUUGGAUGCGGAAAUAUUUAAUGCUGACAAGUGGAUUUCAAGCCAACUGAAGACGUUAGAAGCGCUUAACAAAGAGACUACGGUUCUUAAAGCAGCGCAGCUUUUCCUACGGACAGCGACUGAAACGUUGAGGGCAGAAACGAAUAUAUUCCUGGAGGAACAUGAGCUGAAUCUUAAGAAAGCAGGACUUGGCCUCGACGAACAAAGCAUCAAUAAGGAAUGUAUAAACCUGCAACUAGCACUCGGCAUAUAA